AUGACACAUCUAAAUGAACUACAACGUAUUGCCUCGAUAUCCAAUGGAACUCGUGCUAUCAAUACAGUGGGCUUCAAUCGUACAAUUGACUAUUUGACAGACUAUCUAUCGGCUUAUACGGAUUUUAAAAUUACUAAAAACUUUUUCCCAGUAACAGAUUUUGUACUCACACAGACUCCUAUUCUUCAUACGUCGAUUGAAGAAAGUAUCACAAAUCAUACAUAUUCAAUGGAUAAUUCGGUUACCGAAUUCAGAGUAGCUCAUUAUUCAGGAGCAGCUAAUUUCUCGAACUUCAUUCCAAUGACUGUCAUUCCAAAUGCUGGCUGUUUAGUUGCCGAUUGGUUAGCAGCAGCUCCACCAGCAACAGGUCGUGUAGUCUUAGUCAAACGUGGUCAAUGCUCUUUCAUUGAAACAAGCGCGCUAGCUGCUAAGUUUAAUGUAUCAGCUAUUCUUUUUUACAAUGAUGGAACAUCGUCUACUCGCAUGGAGCCUAUGUCUGUUUAUCUCGGACCUAAUAACUCUAUACCAGUGCUUUCACUCUCGUUCAAUCUCGGCGAGAGGCUUGUCAGUGCGACUCGAAUUUCAGCAAACAAUGUAGGUGUUCUUCUCAGUAUUUCAUUAAUUGAUAAUAAGCCAGUUCCUGUUAGCAACAUUUGCGCUGAUACAUCUACUGGUGAUCCUACUCGAACGAUUGUCAUUGGUAGUCACAGUGAUAGCGUGCGAUCUGGCCCUGGUAUUAACGAUAAUGGAAGUGGCAGUGCAGCUAUUUUGGCUUUGGCUACUACCUUGGCUCGCCUCUUUCGGACAUCUGCUUAUACUAAAUAUGAGUAUCGUAUUCGAUUCUGUUGGUGGGGUGCUGAGGAGCUCGGACUUUUUGGUUCAGAGUUUCAUGUUGCACAAGCUCGAAACUCGACUAUAGUUGGUGAACGUCUCACCGACUAUUUAGCCUAUCUCAACUUCGAUAUGCUUGGCUCGCCAAAUUUUAGAUUCGGUAUUUAUGAUGCUCGAACAGCUCAAAAUGACACAUUACAGUCAGCUGUUAGUGCUAGUUUCAAAAUUUCAGAAAUGUUUCGCGAAUGGUUUAUUGCUCAGAAUCUACCUUGGGAUUAUAUUGAAUUCGAAUAUGGGAGUGAUUAUGUUGCAUUUUUAAUGGAUGAUAUACCUGUAGGAGGUCUUUUCUCUGGUGCGAAUGAGAUCAAAACACAAGAAGAACGUGAUCGAUAUGAUGAAUCUCUUGGUCAAGGUCAGGGUGGUCUUGCAAAUAUUUUUCAUGAUCCAUGUUAUCAUCAAAUGUGUGAUUCAAUUCAGAAUAUCAAUGUAUUGGGUUAUAAAAAAAUGGUUCAAGCAGCUGCCUAUGCUAUUGAAAGCCUGGCUCGAAAAUCAGAUUUAAAAGCAUGGUUGUACUCAAAAAAAGACAUAUAG